AUGUCUUUCCGUGUUGUACGUAGUUCGAAGUUUCGGCAUGUAUAUGGUCAAGCUUUAAAAAGGGAACAGUGCUACGAUAAUGUACGUGUAUCGAAAAGUUCAUGGGAUUCUACUUUCUGUGCUGUGAACCCCAAGUUUUUGGCUAUAAUCGUCGAAAGUGCUGGGGGAGGUGCCUUCAUUGUCUUGCCCCAUAAUAAGGUAGGACGUAUUGCAGCCGACCAUCCUUUGGUAGGUGGACACAAGGGACCUGUUUUGGACAUCGCGUGGUGUCCCCACAACGAUAACGUGAUCGCCAGCGGUUCCGAAGACUGCGUCGUCAAAGUAUGGCACAUACCGGACCACGGCCUUCACAAGACCCUAACGGAACCCGUCGUCGAUCUGGUGUACCAUCAAAGAAGAGUGGGCCUGGUGCUGUGGCAUCCUACAGCUUUAAACGUAUUGUUAACUGCUGGCAGUGACAAUCACGUUGUUAUAUGGAAUGUCGGGACGGGAGAAUCGCUGGUCGAAAUUAAUUGCCAUCCCGACAUCGUUUACAGCGCCUGCUUUAAUUGGGACGGAUCCGAACUACUAACUACGUGUAAAGAUAAAAAAAUUAGAAUCAUUAAUCCUAGAAAUGGAGAAGUCAAAAGUGAAGCCAUAGCACACGAAGGUACGAAAGCAACGAGAGCGAUAUUUUUAAGGCACGGUUUAGUAUUCACGACGGGUUUCUCGAAGAUGUCCGAAAGGCAAUACAGUUUACGUACGCCCGAUUGUUUGGAAGAACCGAUCGUGAUGGUAGAGUUAGAUACAUCGAACGGUGUAAUGUUCCCGUUAUACGAUCCCGAUACGAAUCUCGUAUUUCUGUGCGGUAAAGGUGACUCUGUAAUUAGGUAUUUCGAAAUAACAGCAGAGCCACCGUUUGUCCAUUAUAUUAACACUUUCCAAACGCCCGAUCCUCAAAGAGGUAUCGGGAUGAUGCCAAAGAGAGGAUGCGACGUCACGUCCUGUGAGAUCAGCCGAUUUUAUCGACUCAAUAAUUCUGGACUGUGUCAAGUAAUCACCUUUACAGUGCCUAGAAAAUCCGAGCUCUUCCAAGAAGAUUUGUAUCCGGAUACGGUGGGCGAUCAACACGCUCAAACGGCCGACGAAUGGAUGGGCGGGCGAGACGCCGAACCAAUUUUAAUAUCUUUAAAAGACGGGUACAAACCUCCAGAGUCCAAAUCGUCCUUAUCAGUCUCUAGAAGAAGUAAUUUAUUAGAUAAAUCUACCAAAGGUGGUAAAGCUAGUCAACAAAGUGCACCUGUUUCGGAAAAAACGCUGCAAGAGUUCGCCGACGAAAUCAGGAAACUGAAAGCGGUGAUCGUGAAGCUGGAAGCCCGAUUCAGGGCGAUGGAAGGCGACGUGAUCGUCAAACUCGAGAAUCGGGUGCGGGAAUUGGAAGCCUUGGUGCCGUCGAACAAAGCCUUAAACGCGGACGACGACGACGGAGCGGGAGGCGGGGACGGACUCAACAGCAACACGACCGCCCUCGCCUCCGACGAGGUGUGA